UACACACAUGGCGGUACUGAUAAAGAUGUUAUAAAAUACAACUCCAUUCUCUGCUGCCCUAGCAGCAUGGGUUUCCUUAAGGCGAGUGGGGGUAGUGUAACACAAUUCUUCGCAAUCUUAGUGCUGGCUUCAAUCAUCACACAAUGCCGUGGACAGCAGUCAGCCACAAGAUCAAAUCAGAGGAAGAUGAAAUCAGAGGCUGAAAUUCAACCUCAACCAGACGACAUCAUGAAUGGCAACUACGAUGAUCUGAAUGUUGAUGACGGAUGGCUCUGUACACGAGAGUGUCGUCCAGAUGACCCAAGGAUCUGCUACUACUUGUGGAUGAUUGAACCUUAUGUUACUCUCAGCAGGGCUUGUGGAAACUGCCCAAAUGUCACAUCUGACUGUUUCCUACCUCAAUGUGUUUCCGGCGAUGGAUUUGAAAAAGCUAUCCUUUGUGUCAACCGAAUGCUUCCUGGGCCUUCUAUCCAGGUGUGCAAAGGAGACACAAUUAUUGUUGACGUAGUGAAUGAGAUGCCAGGACGCAGUACUACAAUACACUGGCACGGGCUUCAUCAGAAAGGCACACCUUGGAUGGACGGAGUGCCAUAUCUUACACAGUGUCCCGUACAUGAAGCAGAGACAUUCAGAUACAGGUUCAGGGCAGAUGAGGCUGGCACUUCCUUUUGGCAUUCCCACGAUGGUCUACAGAAAGUGGAUGGAGUCCUUGGAAGUUUGAUUAUAAGAGAACCAGAUUCAGAGAAUCCACUGCGAGAAUACUACGACUUUGAUUUACCAUCCCAUGUGAUCAUAAUCGAGGACUGGCUGCACACACCAGCUGAUGAAAGAUUCCCAGGGUUCUUCAGAUACAGGGAGAGAGGGCAGGAGCCUGCGUCAUACCUUAUCAAUGGCAAAGGAGUGCAAGUGGUUAACAAAACCGAGCUAGUUGGAGAUACCCCUCUGUCAGAGUUCAAGGUUCGUGCACGUUACCGUUACCGCUUCCGACUGAUAGGAGCAAGCUGUCUGUCAUGUCCUUACCGCUUCACAAUCCAGGACCACAAACUACUGGCUGUCGGUAUUGACAGGAACCCAAUAAAACCCCUGGAGUUUGACUCAGUUAUUCUAUCUGCAGGUGAACGUUACGAUGUGGUGGUAGAGGCAGACCAGCCAGUAGGAGCCUACUUCAUAUUUGUGGAGGGUUUAGGAAAUUGUGAUCCGUUUUCUCAAGUAGCAGUUCUGAGGUAUGAAGGAGCACCUUCGCGACCUUCAGUUCCCCUUCGAGUAGCCUUCCCCGACACUGCAGCAGGAUAUAUGCUGAACGCAUACAACGUCCCAUGUAACGAGACAUCUCUUGCAAUUGGCCGCUGUAUUAGUCAACUAGAAGGAGUCCUUCGAACUCCUCCUCAAGUCUUGCGUCCUACACCUGAUGUAAGAAUACUUCUUACAUUCGACUUUUAUAUCUUUCAAAAUGAAGAACUCUUCUAUUCAGGAACCUUCCAUGACUAUUUCGUUGCCCCGAGUGGAUCUCAUAUUGCUGGACAGAUGAACAACCUGUCCUACGCCAGUCCCCCCUCUCCUCUGCUCACCCAGCUGUAUGACAUCCCACCUGACAUGUUCUGUCAGAACGCAGAGUGUCCUGUGGAUGGUAGCAGAGUCUGCGACUGUACACAUGUCAUACGUGUCCCACUCAACUCUGUAGUGGAGUUUAUGCUGGUCCAUGCGGAAAUGCCAAAUCCAGCUAUGUUGUUCCAUCCCUUCCACAUUCAUGGUCACGACUACUACGUCAUAGAGGAAGGACAGUUACCAGCUCAAUAUUUCACUCCUGAUGGAAGAAAGUUUGCAUGGGAGAAACUAAAUGAGAACCGAUACAAUCUUAAUCCAUAUUUGCCGAUGAAAGAUACAAUCUCAGUUCCCAACCAAGGAUACAGUAUUAUGAGGAUAACAGCUAACAAUCCAGGAUUCUGGUUUCUUCACUGCCACUUUGCCUAUCACCAAGAGACAGGCAUGGCUGUGGUCAUCUGGGUUGGAGACUAUGAUGACAUCCCUCCAGCUCCUCCUGGAUUCCCAAAAUGCAAAGAUUUCUUGGACCAACCAAUCGACUUUGUUCCUAAUCCAAGAUCUUUCCGUGUAUAUUAGAGAAUAAAUGUAAACUUUUAAAGGUUU